GUCUAAUGCAUGUUCUUGAACAGUGUUAAUCUUCUUGUGAAGGUCUGGUCAUUGACACUGAGCUGCUGCUGUAGAAAAAGGCAGGUCUGUACACUUUAGAAAAAAAGUCCCUUGCGUUAGGCUUUCCAUAUAUAAAGGCAUGACUCUAUCAUGAUCGAGAGACUUGCAGCAGAAACUUUCAGAGGUACAACAGCGAGAUGUUGAAUAUCAGCGAGCAGACGUCUCUGCAGCUCCUGCCCUCCAGGGUCUCAAACCGUCUUCUGCAGCCAUUCUGGGAUUAUUUGCUUCUGCACCACCUGCCCCUCAUCUCAUCUCCUUUCUUCCCUGUCCUCCUCGCUUUCUCCAGCUACUUCUUUUUUAGUAUACCUUUUGCUGUGCUGGACCUGUUGGGAGACAGAGUGCCCUUUUUCUAUCAGUAUAAGAUCCAACCAGACCGGCAGCCAACACUGGGGAUGAUGGCAAAGGGGUUCAUGAUAGCUGUGUAUAAUCAUGUAUUCUUUGUUCUGCCAGCUGUCUUAAUCAGCAUGUUCAUCCUGCCUACACCAACCCUGCCUCAGGAUGCUCCGACUCUUUAUGAGGUUUUUAUUGAUGGACUGGCUGCACUUCUCCUCUUUGACACUCAGUACUUUAUUUGGCAUGUCAUACAUCACAAACAUCAACAGCUUUACCGCUGGAUCCAUGCAAUCCACCACGAAUAUGUGGCUCCUUUCUCCUGGUCCACUGAGCAGCUUAGCAUCCCAGAACUGAUGACCGUUGGUUUCUGGAGCAACCUGGACACAAUUCUGUUGAAAUGCCACCCUCUCACUACAUGGUGCAUCACAGUUUUCAGCAUCUGGAUGUCUGUGGAGGACCACAUAGGCUACGACCUACCAUGGACCCUCAACCACUUGGUGCCUUUUGGUUUGCUGGGUGGAGCACCAGCUCAUGACAUGCACCAUCAGAAGCCGAGCAGCAACUUUGCUCCUUUCUUCAGCCACUGGGACAGAAUCUUUGGCACAGCUGUCCCUCUGAAGAAAAAAACUGCCACGAAUUAAAAACAAGUGAAUGCAAUACAAUCUGUAAAUACUAAAUGUUUCUUUGCAAGUUGGAGCAAUUUGUCAACAUCAUAAUGAUGUCCAUUGUGUAUCUUAAAUUACCAUUGCAAGUUUUUGGAUGUGCAGCUUCCUGCUCCUUAACUUUUUACUUUGU